UCCAACAACAUACACUCUGAGCCCCAAACACGCCCCCGCCGUGACGAUGAACCCAGCAACCGAAGCAGCCGAAUCAACAGAAUGGUCUCAACUCCUCGGCAGCAAUAACUGGGAAGGUCUUCUAGACCCCCUCGACCUCUCCCUCCGCCAGCUCAUCCUCCGCUGCGGCGACCUCUGCCAGGCCACCUACGACGCAUUCAACAACGACCAGAACUCCAAGUACUGCGGCUCCAGCCGCUAUGGAAAGGCCUCAUUCUUCCACAAAGUCAUGUUUGACGCCGCCUCCGACUACCAAGUCGUGUCCUUCCUCUACGCCACCGCCAAAGUCGGCCACCCUGAAGCCCUUCUUCUCCACUCGCAGUCGCGCGAGUCCUGGGACCGUGAGUCCAACUGGAUUGGCUACAUCGCCGUCACCACUAACGACGUCAGCCGCGCCCUGGGCCGACGCGAAAUACAUGUCGUGUGGCGCGGGACGACAAGGAGCUACGAGUGGGUUGAUGUGUUAGACGCUGAUCUCAAAUCUGCCAUGCAAUUGAUUCGUCCAAAUGCGCGUGCUGAAUUUGGCGAUGGCGAUGAUGGUAGUAGCAGUAGUGAUAGCCAUGGUGAUAAUGAAAAGGUUCCAAAAGUCAUGAACGGCUGGCUUACUAUUUACACCUCAGACGACACCAACUCACCCUUCACAAAGGUCAGUGCAAGAACACAGGUUUUAAGCAAGAUCAAAGGCUUGAUACAGCAAUACAAAGAUGAGAAGCUAAGCGUCACAUUAACAGGGCACAGCCUUGGCGCAAGCUUAUCGGUCUUGAGCGCUUUCGAUUUGGUGGAGAAUGGGGUUUCCGAUAUUCCGGUUGCAGCUAUUGUAUUUGGGUGCCCACAAAUUGGGAAUAAAGCUUUCAAUGAGAGGUUCAACAAGUAUACAAAUCUGAAGGUUUUGCAUGUAAAGAAC